AAGGAAGACUGCGAGUCAGGGAAACGGAAAUGUCAGCCGAGUAAGCAGGAUGCGAUACAGAAUAUCUCUUCUCUAAACUACAGGAUGGUUUGUUAAUCAUCAAGAAGGAAAAAGUCACAUAACGUCGCCAGAGACCAAGCUGCAACUAUGACCAAUGUGUACUCCUUUGACGGCAUCCUUGUGUUUGGGCUGCUCUUCAUCUGCACCUGUGCGUACCUCAAAAAGGUGCCUCGGCUCAACGGCUGGCUGCUGUCCGAGAAGAAAGGCGUGUGGGGCGUCUUCUACAAAGCUGCAAUAAUCGGGACGAGGCUCCACAUCGCCGUGGCGAUCUCCUGCUUGACCAUGGCCUUUUACGUCGUCUUCCUGAAAUGAUAGUCACCCCUGGACUGGAAGGACUGGAUGGCUGCAGGCGGGGAACGGACUCGUUUCCCCGGUCCUGUGUUAAUCCUCGCCAUGGAGGUCUCCUCUAAGUGACAGAUGAAACCCACGCUGGGUCUGGGGGCCCUUGUAAAGAUUAAGCCCGGGCUGCCCCCUGCUGGUGACUUGGCAUAUAACUUCUCCCUGAAUACGUGUGCGCCACAGACAUGGUGGGGGGGGGGGCAUGUUGUGAGUCUACAGAUGCUACAACUGAGAGAGCCUGCUGGUUCGCUUGAUUUAAUUCUAUUGUCCGGUUAUAUUGUUCGCUGUCCUAAUUUACACACUUACAGGAUUAUUGUUGUCUUGGCGGACACGCAAGAUUGAAGGGGGAAAUGUUCAUCAUACAUUUUCCUGUGUACAAUUUAAAUGUACCUAUUAAAAACAAACAAAACAAUAGAAAUCAAAUGAGUAAUUCCACCUGCUCCCUGAUAUGUUGUUGUCUGUAUUGCUCACUGGUGGAGGGGAAAGAUAAACAAAGCUAAUAUAUAAACAUACUCUUGUCCACACUAUUUUAAAGAAAAUAGCUUCUAAUCUUGUACAUUUUCCUACUCGAGCUAUUUGACGUCUCCUAAACACGUUUCUGGUUUGAAGUACAGAUUUAUGUUCGUCCGAUCAUCUGGAACCUUUUCACGUUUUGUCUUGUUACGACCACGGCCGUCGUUGUGCUUUUCCGGAGUUGUAUGUGAUGUACUGAAACAGAGUAGUGCAUAUUUGUGAAGUGGAAGGAAAAGAAUGCAUGCUUUUCAAAAUUAAAAAAAGAAAAUGGUGUGCAUUUGAAUUCAGACCCCCUGAGUUAAGUCGCUUUUUGCCGCACACAACUUCUUUUUUUCUGUGUUUCUACCAGUUUGAAUUUUGCAAGAUUACUCAAGCUCAGUCAAGACGUUGAGAGAUCUUGCACACACACACCUAGACAAGAUCAUUCUUCCAAAUGGAGAAAAAUUCCCUUAGCACGAUGCCGCCACCACCACGGUUCUGUGUAGGAAUGGUGGAUCCAGAGUGACGUGAAGCGUUCGUUUUGGAGACAAAUAGCAUUAUUCCUGUUGUUAAUUAGUUAUUUUUUUAAUCUUUUCUGACCAGAGCACCUUUUUGUCCCCUACACGGCUUGUAGCAAACUGCAAACAGAACUUCUUACGUCUUUCCACUUCCAUAAAGCCCAGUUUGGUGGAGUGCACAUCGAAUACUGGUUACAAAGAUAACCCCACCUGAGCUGUUAAUCCCUGCAUCUCCUCCACAGUUAUCAGUGGCCUCGCUGCAGGUGGACAACCAUGUCUUGAUAGGUUUUCACUCGUGGCAUUCCAUUUUCAUGUAAUGGGUAGAUGGAUUGAAUGGCGCUCUGCCGGGUGUCCAAAGCUUGGAAGUAAUGUUUUAUGACCUAACCCUGCUCCAGAACGUUCUCCCUGACCUGUCACAUGUGCCCCUCAGUCAUCGCGAAGCUGAUUCUUCUCUCUCGAACGAGUCUCGCAGGUCUUCACAGAACACCUGCUUUUAUACAGAAAUUAAAUAUAAUUCAGACACAGCAAGAUUCACUUUACCAGUUAGGUGACUGCUAAGGACACUUUGUGGUACUGGAUUUUUAUUUAGGGGUAUUUUAGAGUGAAGGGGGCUGAAAAUGUGUGCCGCACAAUUCAGAUUUUUAUUUGUAAAAAAAUAAAAAUAAUCUGAAAACUAUUUUUUUCCUUUCACUUAACAAGGAGCUACUCUGUUAUCACAUGCAAUCCCACUAUGAUGCAUUGAAAUGGUGGCGUGAAUACUGGUGCAAGGUACCACAAAUGUAUACUAAACAUGUUUCAGUGUCAUAACUGGGCUUCAGAUCAGUUUAGCAUCUACCACAAAUAUACCAAAUUUGCAAACUGCCAUAGAAAAGCCACAAAUGCAGAUGAAGCUCAUGUUUGAGUAGCUGUGUUCGACUUUCAUGAAGAAGUAAAAGCAAAGCCAAAUUGGUGUGGCGCUCAUGCCAUUUUAGCCACUUGCUGUUCUUUGGACUUUACUCGUAGGUCGUUAUUUGUACUUAUAAAAUAAACUGUUUUGGAGAGGUUCAAUACUGUUUUGAUUAAAAUUUGUAUACGGCUGUUGUUUCUGGUGUUUGAAAAACUUGACCUAUGCCUCAGGUUUCAAGAACCGUGAAACAUAAUAAAACAUAAAUGUGUCUUCAUGUU